CGGUCAAACAUGUUGGCCAACACGCUUGACAACACGACGUUUGAGAGAAUGUUUGAACGUGUGAAAGGGGUAAACAUGUUUGACCAACGUGUUGGACGGAUGUCUGACGGGGCCUGACUUUUGUGGGCGGAGCUUGCUCGGUGCAUGUCCAUGUUUGAACGUGUGAACGGUCAUCAGCCUUCAACCGUCAUACAUACUCAAAUCUCGCCGAGGUAACAUCUGUAAACAUCUCCUUCAGUGACAGGCGUAGUGUAUCAGCUGCAAAAUGAGUGACACGUGUGCCCUUAAGGAUAAGGAAAGGGAAGUAAUGGUGGGUUUCAUUGAUAUAUACAGGAAGCAUGUGGCUUUGUGGAAGGUGAAAUCAAAAGAAUACUCAAACAGGAAUUUAAGAAAUAAGGGUAUAGAUGAACUGCAUGGAAAGCUACAAGAACUUGACCCACAUUGUACGCGGGAUGAUGUGAUGAAAAAAAUAAAUUCUCUCCGUAGUUCGUUUAGAAGAGAACUUCGAAAGCAUGAGAGCUCUAAAAAGUCUGGAAGUGCAACUGAUAACAUCUACACGCCCACUCUCUGGUAUUUUGAAGACAUGAUGUUCAUAUGUGAUCAAGAGAUGCCACGAGAGAGUACAUCAAAUAUGGAAUGUGUUAAUGAAGAGGAUAGUUUCGUGAUCCCUGACCGUGUUGCAAACCUGCUACAUAAGGAUCUGCAGUUAAAAGCCUGGCAAAAUCAUUUUGCACAUUCUAUCCUCCCUAUGGAAGCAGUCCUCUGGGGAAUAGUCUGA